AUGCUCUCAGCUGGUGAUAAAGGAUCUGUAUUUUGGCCAGGAGAAGUUAGCAUUUUGGAAAUCGCGGAACUUUCUAUGCACAGAGCUAGAAUUUUAGCCCGAAUAUCAUAUGCCUCAGAUGGAUAUAUUGUCAUCAACACACAUGUGCAGGCGAAUCCGCUUUGUGGUACACGAGGGGCCUCAUAUGAGGAUUGGAUGUCUUCGGUCAAGAUGGACACGCCGCCCCAGCCGAUCCUUGCUGCGGACAAGAGCCUGGUCGUUCCAAUGGUUAUCAGAAUAACUGACCUCCACGUGGAUGGCAUCAUAUGGCUUUGCUGGACCGAUCAAUCUCCGCAUUUCUCUCUAGCAUUUGUGUCCGACCCGCUCGUUAAUGUUUCCGUGUCUUCUUCUUUCGAUUGCAUGGCAAAGGUAAAGCAAUCUCUCCAAGAAGAGAUUGAACAGGAAAUUAGAAAAGCACUAUUGAAGACGAUUCCAGAGGCAGCUCGGUCCUACCGAUGA